AUGGACAGCAUGCGGAAACAAUUUGAUCAGGACCUUCUCUUGGACGGUCGUUACCAAACUUUGUCUCCUCUCAACCAUGGUUCUUUUGGAAUGGUCUUCUUGGCCAAGAACGUCAAGACUGAUGCUACCGUUGCCAUCAAGUGCAUUAUCAAAUCAUCAGGCUCCGAAACUUGCCCUACCGCUAUCGCUGUUGAUGAUCGUUCCGAGGAGUUAGAGAUCCACUCCCACCUCGGCUCUCAUCCCAACAUUGUCAGUCUUCUUGACACUUUUGAGACGGAGCACCACACGUAUCUGGUUAUCGAGUUCUGCCCUAACGGAGACCUCUACGAGGCAAUUCGUCUCAACAGAGGCCCUCUGGAAACUGAGCACGUGCGUGACUUCAUGAUGCAGCUGAUCUCCGCCGUGGAGUUCAUGCACGCUAAGGGAGUCUACCAUCGUGACAUCAAGCCCGAGAACAUCUUCUUGACUCAAUCGGGCUCGAUGAAGCUUGGUGACUUUGGUCUCGCUACUAGGGACAAGUGGUCGACAGAGUACGCCGUCGGCAGUGACCGUUACAUGGCUCCUGAGCAGUUUCAAGAGACAAGCUAUACCCAAGGCUACUCUCCCGCUGCCGCCGAUAUUUGGGCUAUUGGUAUUUGUUUGUUGAAUGUCUUGUUCUCACGCAACCCAUUUGCUACUCCUACCCAGUCGGAUCCCAUCUUUGAUGAUUUUGUCAUGGACCGUCAGUCUCUCUUUGACGUCUUCCCAACCAUGUCUCAGGACACUUUCAAUGUCUUGAUGCAUUGUCUUGCUCUUGACCCCGCCAAGCGCUCUCUGGAUGCUGUCCGCUCUGCCCUCAAAUCGGUUGUAAGCUUCACUACCGACGAUGACGCCAUGGACGACUUCUGCAUUGAGGAUCGUGAUCCUGUCCGUGCUACUCUCAACCGUGAGCCUCUGCGCACACCAUCCAUCACGAGUCCCACCAUCGACAAUGGUGGCUGCUUCCCUUGGGCAAAGGCUCUGCGUGAGACUUCUCAGAAGCAUGGUCGUCAACUCUCGGUCAUUCCUGACAACGAAAGCUACACUGAAGAUCUCUUCCCCGAAGAGAAGGAGACUGGCAAGAGUUGGUUCACUUCCACAGAUCCUGAUUCGACCUCGUUGAACUCAACCAUCGAGUCUUCUCUGGGCAUGUCGUACAAGUCUGCCAACAACUCUGCUGAGCUCAUUGGCCACGCCUCUUCCAGACCAGUGCCCAUCUCUGCAUCCGUACCCAUCAAGAGCUCCCGAGCUUUGGCUUCGAUCUAUGGAAAUAUGGAUGAGAACUUCUCGAAGAGCUGGAGCGAUCUCUGGGAGGAAGAUGAAGAAGAG